AUGAUUGUCGUUUGGCUUAUAGUGGGGUCUAUACUUCUUAUCAAUCCUGCGGAGUUUACUUUAUUGAAAUGCAAUAACGGAGGAUCCUGCGUUUUGGAGAAAUGGAGGAACCACACUCAUUGGAACCUUGUUUGCAUGGAAUGGAUGGAAUUAAAAAGUGGCGAAGUGGACACAUGUCCUAAGCCCUGGAAAUGCUGCCACACAACGCAGUACGAAAAAAUGAUUCCAUAUCCAUGAAGCUAACCGUGAAGCCCUAAAUCUAAUCUUUCACACUGUCUCGAAAACUGGUUUCUAAUUUUAUGACCCAUUACUAAAUAUAUAGUCAAAACAAAAGGGCA